AUGGCAGCCUGUAAUAUUAAUGGGUACAGCGAACCUGAGUAUGAAUAUAAUGGUAACGGCGACAACGGCGAUAAUUGUGACAAUGGCGAUAAUGGCGACAGCGGCGAUAGUGGUGAUAAUAGCGACAAUAGCGAUAAUGGUGACAAUGGCGAUAGUGGUGAUAAUGGCGAUAAUGGCGACGAUGGCGAUAAGGGCGAUAAUGGCGAUAAUGGUGACAAUGGCGAUAGUGGUGAUAAUGGCGACAAUGGCGACAACGGUGAUAAUGGCGAUAACGGUGGCAAUGGCGAUAACGGCGAUAAUGGCGAUAACGUUGACAUUGGCGAUAACGGCGACAAUGGUGAUAAGGGCGACAAUGGCAAUAAAUGCCCUGAAGAUCAUGAGAAUACUAACUGUGAAGAUGGUUGA